GAACGAACGAUUUUUUGCGAACGAAAAAAAAAAUAAUAAAGAAAAACUUUCAACAAAGAAUAUUUUUCUCACCGAAAAUUGCAUGUAUUUAUAUAAUUUGUAAUAAUGUCUAACGACUCAAAUAUUGUUAAAAAUCUUAUUGAUCUAAGUGCCGAAGAUGAUCCUCAUUCACCUUUACAAAAUCCACCAACUUUCACUCCACCUCUACCAUUAAUACCAAUAUCGGCUUAUGAUGGUCGUGAAAGUUUAGAAAACAAUCCUUUUGAUUGUAUACAAAAACAAGCUAACCGUCCAGAUGAUCCCUUUGAAUUACUAUCAAGGGAAGCAUCCUACCAACCACAUUGUUCUGAAUCGAAUGGAGAAGGAGGAACCACCUCCAAUCAGAUCGAAGUUCGUAUUGGAAAUUUACUCUGUAUGAGUGAUGAUAGUAUUAAAGUCGAUGAAGACACUAUUCCAGAGUUUAAUACUCUGCAAUUGCCUCCGUCACGAUUCCGUGAACCAAUAACUUCCGUGUCAAGUAUUGGUUCGACAAUUUACUCGUCUCCUUGCAACGAUAGCGCAUUCACAUCGCGCAAUGAAAGUUCCAAAACAAUAAACAAAGCUUUUAUAACUGAAAAUACUAUUUCUAGCUUUUCCGAAGACAGUCGAGUGCAGAGUGCAAUGAAUAAAGGAUUUGUUGAAUCCUAUAGUUCAUUUGAUCACUCGUCUGCCAAAUCGACUCCAGAAAAUGUAAAUCAAUCUCCUUUAGAGAAUUCAGAUAGUUCUGGCAAAGGACGAUCACAAAAACCAAUGGAUGCUAGAAAGAGGCUUCUUAAAUUAAGUCUUUCGAAUUCCACAUCGAAUUCGCCUCUGUGCCGUCGUCAAUUUGAUGAUGACAACAGUAGUCCACUCUCUUCAGUUUUUUCUGAGGCUGAAAAUCUUGCCGAUCAUUUUGCUUCUCGAUGUGGUUUCGACUCAGGCAAGUCGUUCGAUGAUUCUUGUGACGAUUUAAUGUCGAUUAAACCGAAUUGGAUAGAUUCGGAAACGGAUAUUGAUAGUGAUUUGGAAAUGAUGAAGAUUCCUAUAUUACAAGAGAUACCGUCUCCUGUAGUGAAUCAAAAAACGAUGCCUUGGUCAGAGAAAAAGGUGGAAGAUAUUCCUCCCAAAUCAGUUAGUACGAAUAAUUCACCUGAUUUGGAAGCAUUGAAGGAGAAAGUACAACAACACAGAGCGGAAAAGAAUAAUAAUCAUGAAAUUAAAACAUUGAUUGAUAAUUUGAAGUUGGUUAUUAAAGAUUGUGCGAAUGGUGAGAAGAAAGCGGAGGCGAAUAAUUUGCUGGAGAGUUUGAGCAAUUUGAUGAAUGACAAAAAUGGUUCGGGAACAACUGAGCAAAUGGAAACUCUAACACCUCCUCCACAACCGAUCGUUCGCCAGGGAACAUUUGAUAUGGAAAUAAAAGACAAUGAUGAACGUGAAGAGAGCGAAAGGCAAGAAGAACAACAAAACAAACAAUCAGAACUUCAGCCCGAAGAAGAAGUUCAUGUAGAUCAAAAUAUAUCCACUGGAACUCAUUCCGUUCAUUCUGUUCAAUCGCCAGAAUCUGAUCAAGUAUCUGAUAUUGUUGAACAAAUUGGUCGUCUUUUGGGUAACCAAAAUGUUAAUGUUCUUCAAGCUAAUAUCAGUAAUGCAUCAAAUGUCAAUGGAACCAUAAAUCCCACCUACAUUGUCGUUAUGAAUACGCCAAUACCUGCGAAGCAUCGUCCUUCAAUAAACUCAUCAGAAUAUCCUAAUGACGGAUCACCUGAAUUGACUCACGGUCAAAUACGAAGACGUAGUCAGUCACUGAGCAUUCAUGACAAAGAAAAGUUAUUCACAGCUCCAGUGCCACCAAGUCCAUUACGCAAUGAUAAAACACCUGCACGUGCCCCCAUGUUGCGGAGAAAUUCCUUUUCUAGUACAAAUCCUACUACACCAAGCAUCCCAAUGAAUCGCCGAUCAGUUUAUGGUACAUGCAAUGCCAGUGACGCUGCCUCUAAACAAAGCCAGAUGCAACGAAGAUCAGUGGCCUUAGAGACACAUCACGAGAAACAACAAAAUACUCUACAACAGCAACCUCCGAUGGGCGUUGCAAGUAUCAGUUUCAAUGCCAAAAAACUUAAAUUCAAACAAUCGACUGAAUCUAUUGUCAAAGCUAGUGGCCCAAUGAAGGCAACGAUUCCAGUUAAAAAGGUUGCCCCCAUGAUUGUCACCACAAAUGUAGACUCGCCCACUGAAGAACCAUCGAAUAGGUUUAGAUCCGUCACAAGUACACCGAAUGUGCAACUUAAUCCGUCCAAAGGUUAUCCGAGUGCCUGUUCGACUCCCAUGAUUGAAGCAUCACCCAUUAAGAGAAGUGGAAUUGCAAAAUCGAGGUAUUCGUUUAUUGCGGCCACACCAACUCCGAAAAAUUCAAAUCUUGCCACAUCAUCAAGUCAGGCACGUCGAAGAACUAUGAGUGAAAUGCGAUCUCCUAAGAAAAUUGGCGAUAGGCCAAGCACAUCGGGCAUCACAAAGCCAGGAACAGUUAAGACGGUUAAGUUACCACAGAACUUUUCCAAGACAUUGAAUAAAAUGGCACCAACGACAUCGAAAGGGGUGCUACGACUGUCUAAACCUUCACCACCAACAGGUACGGUAGAUAAAAAUAAAGAAAAUAAACUACCAAGGCCUGGUCGUUGAAAAUGAAAUGAAACGGAACCAUCUUCUGGAUAACACAUUUUGAUUCAACUUACUGAUAUUAACUCUUUAAAAAUUGUUCUGUUAUACAUAUUACUUUGUACGUACAUCGUUGAUAUAUUUUCCUAAACUAAAGUGAAAAAGUUCAAGUGCCCCUCCGAUCGAAGAAGAGUGAGCAAUGUAUUUUGUUGAUUAUAUUUCUCUCUGUCCUUUUAUACCUAAGUUGUUUCUUUUCUAUUUAUCUGAUUUUUUUUUCAUCUUAUUUAAUUCUUUUUUGGGAAAUAAACUGAAAACAUUUUUUUUUUUU